AUGAUAAAAUCAACUGUUGAUGAUAAUGUUGAAGGAGAAUGGAAUAAUUCAAAUUUAUAUAGUUCAACAAAAGAUUGUGAAAAAGAAGAAAGAAUUGAAUUUAAAGGAAAUAUUCCUCAAUGGUUAAAAGGUACACUUUAUCGUAAUGGAAGUGGAGCUUAUGAAAUAAAUAAUGAUUUAACAACAUCAUUUAAUCAUAUAUUUGAUGGUUUUGCUUUUAUUCAAAAAUAUUCAAUUGAUGGAGAAUCAAAAUUAGUUAAAUUUCGUGGAUCAUUUAUUAAAUCACAUGCAUUUACUCAAUCUUUAAUAAAUGGUCAUUUAAUUGUACGACAAUUUGGUACAGAUCCAUGUAAAUCAAUUUUUGGUCGAUUUAAAACACUUUUUCGUGGUAGAGAUCCAACAACAUAUACUGAUGAUACUGGUGUUACUAUUCAAAUCGUACAUAAUCGUUUAUUAGCACUUACAGAAACAGUAACAGGUAAUAUUCUUGAUCCAGAUACACUUCAAUUAAUAGGUCCACUUAUAACAUUACCUUAUUCUCAACCACUUGACUCAGAAAUAAUGACAAUAACAACAGCUCAUAUAAUGCAUGAUGAUAAACGUCAAAUGACAAUUGGUUAUAGUGGAAGAAUAACACGUAAAGAACAUUGGCUUGAUGUUAUAUUUAUAUCGGAUGAAUCAUUUAAUCAAGAUAAGAGAGAAGAUGAAGAUAUUGAUAAAUCAAUAUUUGUUAAUGAUCGUUUUAUUCAUAUAACAAAUAAUAUAAGUUCACAAGCUAAAGAUUAUAAUAAUUCUAUUAAAUCAAGUACAAAACUCUUUCGUUUUCCAUAUGAAUAUGCAUCUUAUAUGCAUUCAGCAUCGAUUAGUGAAGAUUAUUUAAUUCUUACUGAAAUUCCAUAUCAUUUUAAUAAAUUUAAUGCUAUUUGGAAUAGUAUUUCAGGUGGUACAAUAACAGAUAUGUUUAAAUGGAAUGGAGAAACAAUGGCAACUUAUUUUCGUAUAAUUAGUUUAGAUACAGGUGAACAAAUUGGACGUAUUCCUGGUCCACCAUUUUUUACAUUUCAUCAUAUUAAUUCUUAUCAAACAAAACAUAAUAAAAAUAUAAUUAUUGUUGAUAUAUGUGCUUUUGAUGAUCCAAGAGUAAUAAAUGAAGCUUAUUUGGAUAAAUUACGUGAAAAUAAAUUUCCUUCAGGUGCUGGUUAUCUUCGAAGAUUUAAAUUAGAUUUAGAUUCAAAUACAUGUAUUGAACCAAAUGCUAAUGCAAGAGAACCAAAAGGAAAUCAUUGUUAUAGUUAUGCACAUAGUCUUGUACCAGUUCAAUUUGAAUUAGCACGUAUUAAUCAAAAAUAUAUUGGAAAAGCAUAUCGAUAUCUAUAUGGUGUACGUGGUCCACCUAAUAGAUUAUUUGAUGCUCUUAUUAAAUUAGAUGUUGAAUCAAAAGAACAAGUUGCUUUAUGGGAAGAACCAUUUACAUCACCAAGUGAACCUAUUUUUGUUCAAAGACCUGAUUCAAAUUAUGAUAAAGAAGAUGAUGGAAUUAUUUUAUCAAUUGUUUUAGAUCAACAAGCUAAACGAUCAUUUAUACUUGUACUUGAUGGUAUUACAUUUAAAGAACUUGAUCGUGCUUAUCUUCCAAUACAUAUUCCAUUAUCAUUUCAUGGAAAUUUUUAUUGA